AUGGUGAACAUGCUCAAGCGGAUGCGAAAGCUGCAAUCUCUCGUCAACAUCCGCGUCGGUACCGGUGCCGCCACCUUCCCGACCGCUUCAUCCGCAAACAAAGAAUUCCCAGCCAUCACCCGUCUCCAUCUCACAUACGCCCGCAAGAUCUACGGCGGCCACCAAGGUGCACGGCAUUUCUGGCGCAACUGCCUCCCUCGACUGAAGUACCACAACCCGGCUAUCCCGAUGACCGUGAGACGGACCGACGAGCAGGACGGACCGGCCGCUUUGACGAUAUACUUCGCCGAACAGGCCAGCAACGCCGCAUCAUUGGCGGCGUCUCAGAUCAACGACAAACACGCCCCCGCGCCUUCGGAGACGGAAAAGUCGGCGAUUCUGGAUGUCAAGAACCUCGACUACCAGCAGAUCUGGAAGAAGGUGCAGAUGAUGACCGGGGCGCAGGAGAUUGCCGCGACCGCGGAGGAAGAGGCCGAGGUGCGGAAGUUUGAGCAGUGGCGUCAGCAGUCGGAUAAAGACCGUGUGCGUAUGGCUGGCCUUCGACAGGCGAAGAAGGACCAAGAGCGCAUGCUCCAAGAAGCUAGGGGAGAGGUUGAGAGGCUGAAGCAGCUGUAA